AUGGGGAAGCCGAAGAAAAAGAGUGAUCUCAGCCGAGCUGAGCUGAUGAUGAUGACCAUUGCCGAUGUCAUCAGUCAGCUGGUUGAAGCCCACGAAGAGGGCAAAGACAUCAAUCUCAACAAAGUGAAGACUAAGGCUUCGGCUAAAUAUGGACUUGAAGCCCAGCCUCGGUUGGUCGACAUCAUCGCUGCCGUUCCACCACAGUACCGCCGGGCUCUGGUGCCCAAGCUAAAGGCCAAACCCAUCCGCACUGCCAGUGGGAUCGCAGUGGUCGCUGUGAUGUGCAAACCACAUCGAUGUCCACACAUCAGCUUCACAGGCAAUAUCUGUGUCUACUGUCCUGGUGGACCAGACUCAGACUUUGAGUACUCCACGCAGUCUUACACUGGCUAUGAGCCAACGUCGAUGAGAGCCAUCCGAGCACGUUAUGACCCCUACCUUCAGACCAGACAUCGGGUGGAGCAGCUGAAGCAGCUGGGGCACAGCGUGGACAAGGUGGAGUUCAUCGUGAUGGGCGGGACCUUCAUGGCUCUGGCCGAGGAGUACAGAGACUACUUCAUCAGGAACCUCCACGACGCCCUGUCAGGACACACCUCCAACAACGUGGCCGAGGCCGUCAGGUACGCGGAGCGCAGUAACACCAAGUGUGUGGGAAUCACCAUCGAGACGCGGCCUGACUACUGCCUGAAGCGACACCUCAGCGACAUGCUGGGCUACGGCUGCACGCGGCUGGAGAUAGGAGUCCAGAGUGUGUAUGAAGACGUGGCCCGAGACACCAACAGAGGCCACACUGUGCGAGCGGUCUGCGAGUCUUUCCACCUUUCAAAGGACGCCGGCUUCAAAGUAGUCGCCCACAUGAUGCCAGAUCUGCCUAACGUGGGCAUGGAGAGGGAUGUGGAGCAGUUCAUUGAGUUCUUUGAGAAUCCAGCGUUCAGGCCCGAUGGUCUGAAGCUGUACCCGACACUGGUGAUCCGAGGCACGGGUCUGUAUGAGCUGUGGAAGACGGGCCGCUACAAGAGCUACACACCCAGUGCCCUGGUGGACCUGGUGGCCCGGAUCCUGGCGCUGGUGCCGCCCUGGACACGAGUCUACCGGGUGCAGAGAGACAUCCCCAUGCCACUGGUGAGCUCCGGAGUGGAGCACGGCAACCUGAGAGAGUUGGCCCUGGCCAGGAUGAAAGACAUGGGCACUGAGUGUCGAGACGUGAGAACGAGAGAAGUGGGCAUUCAGGAGAUCCACCACAAAGUCCGACCGUAUCAGGUGGAGCUGGUGCGGAGGGACUAUGUGGCUAACGGCGGCUGGGAGACUUUCCUCUCCUACGAGGAUCCCGAGCAGGAAAUCCUGAUUGGCCUGUUGCGUCUGCGCCGCUGCUCCCCGCAGUCCUUCCGCCCGGAGCUGAAAGGGGGCGUGUCCAUCGUCCGCGAGCUGCACGUCUACGGCAGCGUCGUCCCCGUCAGCAGCCGGGACCCCAGCAAGUUCCAGCAUCAGGGCUUUGGCAUGAUGCUGAUGGAGGAGGCAGAGAGAAUUGCCAGAGAUGAACACGGCUCCAGCAAAUUGGCUGUUAUCUCAGGUGUGGGAACAAGGAACUACUACAGGAAGAUGGGCUAUGAGUUGGAGGGACCGUAUAUGGUGAAGGACCUCUACGGACCUGGAAUGGACUGAACCUGGACAAUGUUUUUAUUCUUUUUUUUUUAUCUGGACAGUGAAUACAGACGCACAUACACACACACAUUGUAUUUAUCAAGACAACAUGGUCGGGAAAUGAUUGCUGCAGUAUGUUUAGUGAAACAUGUUCUGUUUUCUUAGCAUCAGAGGAGAUAAUGGUUGGGUUUUUCUGCCAGUCCCUGCUUUUCUUUUUAUUAUAUUUUUUUUAUCUGGUACACACCAGGAAAUGCUGUUGCAUCUUCUCCGCUUUUUUUAUUUUAUUUUGAAGAUAAGGAGACGGUGUAAGCGCAUGUAAGGAAUAAAGUAACGUUAUCCGGGAUAAAGCUGGACUAUCUUGUGGACGAGGCUUUGAGUUCAUUUCCAGAUGCAAACAUUUAUUUAUUUUUUAAUCGCCACAUGUCAAAGAAAAGUCCAAUUUGAAUCUGCUCCAUUUCCUAAACUGGUACUUAAAGAGACAAAUGGGUACCACCAGUGCCUUGUCAAUGAACUCUUGUUUCAGCAGUUCGGAGUCAGUUUGACAAGAAAUGAGAAGAAUCCUGCUGAGACAUUUGUGUCUGGUAAAGAAAAAUGUAAAUGCCUGGCCAUCCCUUUUUGUGUGUGUGUUCGUCUAGGAUAAGAAACCUGUUUAGCAUCACGGUUUGAGUUAAUCAUGUUUGUGUCGCAAUUAAACAGAAAACCCAUUAUGAGUCGAGCGUUCGUUAACGGCUGGCAGUGGAUGAAUAAACUGUGGAAAGUGUCCUCGCUGGGCAGCCGUUGUGUAAUUGCGCAAUUUCGAUUUAUAGGGCAGGAAAUUGAAUAUUAGCGUUACAUAAAUUGCUUUUUAUAAAGCCCCACAGUUAAUCCCAUUACUUGUGUUUCUCAUGCUUUCUUGGGCUUCACGUAUUCUGGUAAAUUCCAGAUGUUGAACACAUCACUUGACCAUUUUUUAUUUUAAUUUUUUUCCCAUCAAGGAAUAAAGUAUAUUUCAGUUA